AUGGCCAGUUGUAAACUCGAAAAUUUAUGUCUCACCCAGAGCGGAGAGUUUGUGUUAUUUCAAUCCCAUAACAGAAUUCUUCAUCAUGACAUGAAUGAACUAAAUUCACGUCCAUUUGUAUUUGUACAGGGAUCCACUAUCGAUUCAAAUCGAGGAAAUUUCUACAUUCGACACAUAAAUGGAGAUUUGGUUUUUGCAAAGUCACAUCCUCACAAUCACACCAUGGCAUUUGUGGCAAGAAUCAAGAAAAAAGAGAGUGACUGUGGUCAACAAGAUUACUUUUGUGAAUCUCAAGUUGAAGAAGAAUAUCAUUAUGAUCCCAUUGCACUCUCUCCAAAUUUUACUUAUUAUGAAAAACCAGUAUACGCACUGCAACGAUAUGCUGCUGGAAAUAUAGGUCAUAUUUUCGCAGAGUCUUUGGCAAUGAUUAUGGGAUUAAUGAUGAAUUUCAAUCAUCCUUUUGUUGAAAUGGAAACAUUACGAGAAAAUCAUGUCUUGUUUUUAGACGAUCUCUUUGAUUUGUCUGGAGAAAAUUGGAGAGGAGCUUUUCGUUAUGAUUCCACUAAAGCAGAACAUUAUUCGUUACUGACCAUGCAACUCAUAACUAAAAAUCCAAUGUUACAGCUCUGUAGCAGAGAUGGUAUUUGGAGAAUUGAGAAUGCUCCAUGUAGAAUCAUGUCAACACUUGAAAAUCCUCGAAUGACUGAAUCUAUUUCGUCCAUGACACUUGAUUCAUGUUUUUCAAAUAUUUAUAUGGGUCACACUAUUAGUAAUUUAGUAUUACAUCCAUACGGAAAAGAAGGCCUGUUUAUGAAAUUGCGAGAAUUUAUUUAUCGAAACUUGAGAAUAUUUCCAUUUGAUCAGACGUACAGCAUUUCCCAGAAAAAGAAGCAAUUUAAAAGAUAUUUAUUGGAAAAAGAUAUUGUCAUUGCGUUGCAUCAAAAGGAUAAGAAAGGUCGGCACGGACAAUCUUUUCACAAUUCUGAAGAGUUUCUCAAUUACUUGCAACUAGAAUUACCAAAACAACCAUUCAUUCAACAAUUAAUGCAGAAAAACAAGACACUACAACGACGAACAUUGAAAUUCGAUAUCAUUGAUUUCUCUAAAUUUCCAAGUAUUGCCGAUCAAGUCAAAUACUUUGCCAAUGUCGAUGUUUACAUUACCGAUCCAGGAAGUGCAGCUUACUACUCUCUAUUCUUUCGUGAAGACACGACUGUGUUUCUCCCACCUACGUGCCAUCGAUUAGGUCGAGAAAUUCACUGUUUCACUUCUCAUGGUAAGCUUGUGCUCUCUUCAUUACCGAAUAUUCAAAUGUUGGACAUGAUGGAACUGAAUGGAAAUCAAGCCCAAUGCAAUUUUCGACCAGCACCUGACAUGUAUUUUAAUUGUAAUUACAAGUUGCCAUUGAAACUCAUGUUGAAUCAAGUCAUGAAAGCACUUAAAAAACGGUAUCGAAUGGUAUUAACAGAAUUUACAGAACUAGAUUGA